AUGUCGUCUUCUUCCUCGUGGAGCAACAAUAGAGCAUCGUUCAAUCUUCGAGAUUUGUGUGAUUGCACGAAGAAACUUAAAACACUCACUAGCUGGACCAAAGAUAACCCAGGGAGAAGGUUCGAAGCUUUCCCUAAUUCUAUGAUACCAAAGUUGGAUUGUGGUUACUUUCAGUGGGUAGACCCGAAAUUAACUCCUUGGUAUCGUCGAUUGUUAUACAACGUUCAUGAAAAGGUGUUGGCUCAUGAAGAAAUGAUAGAAAAACAGAAAUUGUUGGUUGAGGAAAUGGAGAAAGAACUCAAAAGGUACAAGUCAAAGAUGCAGAAAUAUAAAGACAAAAACAAAGAUUUGAACAAGCAGUUGACUGUGCAUAAGUCUAGGGAUGGAAAAGGUUGUUGUUUGGUACUUGGUUUGGUAUUUGUGUUGUUAGUCAUGCUAUUUUAUAAGUAA